AUGCCAGGGGCGGCAGGGGCCGUGCAUCAGUUGGUUUUUGGACUUGCUUUCAGCUUUGCCAGCGCACAGGGCAACGAAGCAUGUUGGCGAGUCGGCUUCUCUUACGACAGCUGCUGCAGUCCGCCACGGCCUGACUGUUUCGACUCUCUGUACACCUAUGAGGUUUGCUGUCUAAAUGAUGGUAGUGAUUCUCAGUUGCCACAAGACUGCCAUCGCAAAGAAGACGUGCCAAACCUGCCCCGGCAGCUGCAGUGUCGUGGAACCCAUUGGGUCACUGCCGAUGAAUGGGCUGGAUUCUUCUGGGCACACCAGCUGUCACAGGCACUAGGAACCUCAUUUCUUGGUUGGCCAAACAUAACUGCACUGUUACACAAAGCCAACGAAAGCAUGCAGGCAAGGCAUGCGAGUGAGGAAGACUGCAUAUUUGGUUUUGCAGCAGUCAUUCUCCACAGCUUGGCAGGAAUUGAAAAAGCGGCAGGUAGUGAUGCUGCGAGAAAAGCGAGCAGUUAUGCACAUCGCCUGCUGCAGCGAGCAAGUGGCCUGGAAGACUGCCGCUGGUUGCAGAUGAUCAACCACGAUAUGUUUGAUCACUAUAACUUGGUGAUGGGCUUGGAGGGGCGGUUCCAUGGCUGGUGCCCUCCGGAUGCUCCACGGGUUUAUGUCUACGACAUGGGUGACCUGGCGGACAGGCCGAUCUCCUGUGCUCGGAUUGGCUUCUGGGGCUCGGAGGUCUACAUCGACCGCUUCUUGAGACAUGCUGGCUGCCGCACCCAGGAUGCAGAGGCCGCAGACUUGUUCUUCAUCCCUCUGUACCUCACCUGCUGGGAGCUGCAGGUUGGCAAGCAUCUCACGAAGGAAGCGAAGUUCCUCAGCUUUUCAGCAUUGGAUGGCGUUUUGAUUCGCUUUUGUCGGUGA